AGUACAGUAUAUCUGUCACGCAAUGCCCAGCGCCCCUCCGCUCCUGUCACCUUUCACCCUGUUUCUAAUACCCUCUGUUCACCCUUCUCCCAUCCCCCAGCAAAAUAGCGGCCACAUGAGAUUAUUAACCACGCCCCCUACCGGGAAUUGGAUCGUUAAUACGCCAAUCAUCUAUUUAAACCCAACCUCUUAGCCCCGCCACACAGCGACACGCCCCCUUGAUUCUGAUUGGUUCACAGGCCAGUCACUCUCAUUUUCCAAACAAUUCGGCUAAGUUUAGUCACCAGGCAACACCGUGAAGGGCGUAGCCCAGGCUACUGAGUCUUGUACGGUGGCCUGGAGUGGACGGGUUUUAGAAGCGGUUUUGUGGCUGACAGAGGUGAGUGUGUCACCUGCCGGCGGGUGUGUGUACCCACUGAACGCUUGGGCCCCGCUUAGGGCUGCCAGUGCUUAGGAAUGUACCCGUGUUUCUCUUGGCACUGAUACAAAUGGGUCCCCCUCCCCUCCCUUCAUGACAUUUGUUUCUGUCCACAUUCAUAAUACCGUAGUUGUUAUGGAGAUGGUGGCAGUCACGUGUUCUGUGUGUAAUUUCUUAUCCUGAUUGCCUGUUGCUCAAUGUAUGGGAAUUUGGCAGUGCCAUCUGGACUCCCACAGAGGCUGUGUUCUCUCUGUUGAGGGGUCCCUAAGGAUGUAUUGAUCAACUUAACCGGCGCUCUUCUGCACUAGCCUGUUGCAUGAAGCAAUAGAUCACCGAUCGGACGGCGGUGAGCAAGGAGUGGAUUUAUUUUUUUUUAAGAUUUUGUAGAAGAAUCGUGGUAUGGAGAAUGGUAUUAAAGAAAGCCAAGUUGGUCUAAGCAAAAAUGGCACACACACUGUAUUGCCUUCUACUAUGGUGUCAGAGAAAGGAAAUAAAAAUGACAAAGGAGUGCUGAACUCCUUGAUGUCUGGAGCUCUGGCUGGUGCUGUUGCCAAAACAGCUGUGGCCCCCCUGGAUCGAACCAAAAUCAUCUUCCAAGUGUCUUCAAACAGAUUCUCUGCUAAGGAAGCCUACAGGUUGAUAUAUCGCACAUAUCUCAAUGAGGGAUUCCUGAGUCUCUGGAGAGGCAAUUCUGCCACUAUGGUGCGAGUUAUCCCUUAUGCUGCCAUACAGUUCUGUGCCCAUGAACAGUAUAAACAACUGCUUGGCAGUUAUUAUGGCUUUCAAGGAACUGCUUUGACACCCAUCCCCCGCCUUCUGGCAGGAUCUCUCGCAGGUACAACAGCUGCAAUGUUGACUUAUCCACUGGAUCUUGUUCGUGCACGUAUGGCAGUCACGCCAAAGGAGAUGUACAGUAACAUUAUUCAAGUAUUUAUACGUAUGUCCAAAGAAGAAGGCUGGAAAUCUCUGUAUCAGGGAUUUAAUCCUACUAUUCUAGGAGUCAUUCCCUAUGCUGGAAUCAGCUUCUUUACUUAUGAGACACUAAAGAAGCUACAUGCUGAGCAUACUGGCAAAACACAACCAUCCCCCAUUGAACGGCUGAUAUUUGGGGCCUGCGCUGGACUACUUGGUCAGUCAGCCUCUUACCCACUGGAUGUGGUGAGGAGACGCAUGCAGACUGCUGGCGUAACUGGACAUACAUACAGCUCCAUACUUGGAACCAUGCAGGAGGUGGUGGCAGAAGAAGGUUUUAUUCGUGGGUUGUACAAAGGCCUCAGUAUGAACUGGGUCAAGGGGCCGAUGGCAGUUGGUAUAAGCUUUACUACCUUUGAUCUAACACAGAUCCUUCUCAAGAAGCUCCAGAAAGUAUCUGAUGUUCAGCGAUAAUGUGGAGGGUCAUUUCAUGGUACUUUAACAUGCUUGCUGUUUCAGGAGGAUCCUUAUGACAGUGAGGAUUUUAGAAUGGCAAAUGUCUCCUUCUCAGUCUAAAGGAAAAGGUUCGCUUUGCAUUUUUAAAGAAAGUGUGGUGCUUAUUUAGUUAGCCAAAACAAUAUGGCUACAGAAGAAGUUGCUUUUGCCAAAAGAGGAGUUAACAUUGCCAUUGUUUUGGAAUUGGUGGUAUAGUUCAGGGUUGGUGGUAUAAGAUGAGCACAGCCCCUGUCUGUGUAACUCUUCAUAUCGCUGUUAUUGGCCCUCACCGUUUUCCUGUGUGCCAGAACUGCCUCCGAACAGGAUGCCGACUGCCAUUUCUUAAGAAAAUUCUUCUGGACAGGUGAAUCCUAGCAAUGUAGAUGGUACCAAAAUUUAAGAGAGAUCAAGGCUUCAAGGGCUGUAGUGCUGAUUCCAUAAGCAGGAAAGCACAAGCCAAAAUGUACUGCAAUUUAUGACCGUGUUUUUUUUUAGUUUUGUCCACUGAAUGAAUGUUGUAUAUUAUUAUUAUUAUUAUUAUUAUUUUUUAUUUUUUUUUGCCUAGCAUUUGUGAGCGAAGAUUACAGCAUUGGCUUUUGGAAUCCAGUUGCUCUCUUUUUUUUUUAAUAUCAGAAUGAUGUCAAGUUCCAUUGUUUGGUAUAAUAAUACACGCACACACAUAAAUAUAUAUAUAUACACACUCUCACAUAGUUGUGCACUUUUUGUCUCUGUUACAAAAUUAUAUAUAUAUAUAUAUAUAUAUUUUUUGCAAGUAGACACUUUAUAGACAUGCAGAUGAGGACUUCCAAGGAUGGGA